GUCGUCAUCCGUCUCCAAAUUUUUUUAAUCGUUCUUCUCUAGUCAUAUCGCCGUCGUCGUAUGUCUCUCUCACAACAGGUUCAGUUUUGAUCGUUAUUGCGUUUGGAGUGUUUGCAUUACGAUAUCACUGGGAACCAACUUGGGGAAUGAAAAAUUCUGAAAGAUUUUCUGCAGCAAAGCCAUUGAUGGAACAAGGUGGCAAAAGUUCGAGAAAGCCAGGUUUUAUGAGUGAGGACAGAAUCAGUGAGUUGCCUGAAGUUUUGCUUCUGCAGAUACUGUCUUCACUUCCUACAAAACUUGUCAUAUCCACAAGUGUUUUGUCCAAACGAUGGCUAUCUCUUUGGAAAAUGGUACAAAGACUCGAGUUUGAAUCUUCUCGAAACAUAUAUGACUUUGCUGAAAACGUUACCAGGUCUUUGCUUUCACAUAAAGCUCCAGUUCUAGAGAGUUUGCAUCUGAAAGUUGGAGAUCAAUUUGAUGGUGUUUAUGUUGGAGUAUGGGCUACAAUUGCAUUUACACGCCAUGUUCGUGAGUUCGUACUCGAUCUUAGUUCUUACCAUGGCCCUCGAGUCAGAUUUCCAACUAGCUUGUUUUGCUUUGAUACACUUGAGACCUUGAAACUUGAUUACGUUUAUAUUUAUGUUCCUUGUCCGGUUUCUAUGAAGUCCCUUAGAACUCUUCACCUUCUAUCUGUGGUCUACAAAGGCGAUGAAUCUGGUCAUAAUCUUUUUGCUAGCUGCCCUAAUCUUGAACAUUUGGUCCUGCGUCGAGGUUUCUUCUUUGAUGCUGUAGUGAAUUUCAUCAUUGAUGCGCCAUCUUUGAAGACACUUUUGCUUUCCGAUCCCUUUAGUGCGCGAGAGAGUAGUAGGGGAUAUGUGAUAAAAGCUCCUUCUUUGAAGUACUUGGGAAUUGAAAGUGUAGAAGGUUUUGAGUAUUUUCUGAUUGAGAAUGUAACCGAGCUAGUUGAGGCAAAUAUUAGAAACGUUUCUAAGAUAGUCAAUGAGAAUAUUUUGGGAUCUCUCAAGUCAGCCAAACGUCUUUCCUUGGACUUAUCACCUUUGAAGAUUACAUAUCCUACUGAAGUUAUGUACCAUCAGCUGGUAUAUCUGGAGAUGCAUACACAUAAAGUGGAGUGGUGGAAUCUACUUACGCACAUGCUUGAUAGCUCUCCUAAACUACAAGUCCUCAAGCUCAUUGAUCGUGAGACUCGUCAUGAAAAUCUAGAAUUCGACAAAAAAUACAAGGACCAAGGGAAAUGGAAUCAACCAAAGUAUGUCCCUGAAUGUCUCGAAACGUUUAUGUGGAGAAAUUGCAAUUGGGGAAGAGAAGAAGAGAAAGAAGUGGCGACGUACAUUCUAAGGAACGCAAGACAGCUGAAGAAGGCAACUUUCUCUACGGAUCCCAUUGAAGCGAAGAGGCUCUGUAAAUUGGCCAAAAGACGUAAGAUGCGCGAGGAAUUGGAUGGUGUGGUCAUGACUUCCAAUUCAUGCCACCUUGUUUUUGAAUUCGAAUGAUCUUAUAUGUGUAAGAAUCCUUCUCAUCAAGCAGAGCUUUUACUACGUGGUGUUACUUUCAUUUGCUUAGAGAGAUUCAUGAACAAAUUAGUUUGGUUUGUCAGAGAAGUCAAGGAAAAAUUUAACUAGUAUUAUUUUUGGGUCAAAUGUUAUUAUUACCACAUACUCUUGUGCAAGAC